AAAAAAAUUAGAUUUAAAUGAUGAAAUUUUUAUUAAUGAUUUAGAAAAUUCUUCUAAUAAAGAUAAUGAUGAAAAUUUAUUAUUAGAAACUAAUGAAAUUUUAGAAAAUAUUAAUGAAAUAAGUGAUCAAAUUUCUGGACAAGAUGAUUAUAAUUAG